CGGCUGCGCGUGCUUGGCUCCAGUUCAGUUCAGCUCAGUUCAGUGUUGAAGAUACUUCUUGGCCCCCUAACUCCGGCAAAUCGUUUCGGCCGCUGCCUGAUAAACAAACAGUUAAACAAACCGCUCGAGCGUCGUCGUUGUCGUUGCCGUCGUGUGUGUGUGAGUGUUUUUCGCCCUCAUUGUGCUCUCGUGCAAAUGAAAAUCUCAUUGAGCAGAAAGUCGCAGCAGCAGCAGCAGCAGCGGAAAAGUGGAAAAUCCUAAAGCGGCACCAGCCACCUCAAAAUAAGAAAAAAAUAAAUUCAAAAUCUCGGCAAGUGAAAUUUUUGCAGUCGAGAACUAGGAACAGAGCAAUUAAGCCAAAUAAUUACCGCUGGAAAAACGUCGAGUUCAUCGCUGGAAAUCUGCCAAAAGCCACGCCAAUUAAUUAAAAGGCAGGAAAGCUAGCGCGAAUUAAAGUUCAAUCAACGAUGCAGUGCGGCCUGGAACAGAUGAACGAUUGUGAGCGUUCGCCCAACCGGACGAACCUGCGGGUCAACUUCAAUGAGAAGGGUGCCGAGGUCAAGGAGCGACGGGAGAAGUUCCUCACGGCCAAGUAUGGAUCGCACCAGAUGAGCCUCAUCCGGAAGCGUCUGGCCGUGGAGAUGUGGCUGUACGAUGAGCUGCAGAAGCUGUUCGAUCCACCAAGCGAGGCCAUCGAUGUGGACAUUGAUGAGAUACUGGAUAUGGACACAGAUGAUAUAAGGAGAUCUCAUCUUAUUAGAUUAUUGUCAGUCUGCAAACGCCCGCAAUCGGACAUAUCGAAGUUCAUCAGCGAUCUUCUGGACCGCGCAAAAACGUUGUAAAUGUCCUCAUCAUACAAGAGAUCAUUGAUCAUUCAGCUACAUAUAAUAUGCCGAUAAACAAUAUACAUAAUAAUAACUAGAGAAUUAAGUUUAGCUUGGAACACAAAAGGAGUUUAGUUCGCAAGUCUUUGACCUUAACCUAUUUCCUCCUACUUAUGUUGAGUUUUUUUCCCACGGACUUUAGUUGUUAGCCCGACUAAUUUGAAGUUAAACCUAAUUUAAGCUACCCUGAACACGUUAGCCCUAAGCUUAUGGUAUAAUAUCGAGAAAGCAUUAAUAUACUUCAUCAAUUUUGUGAUGAUACUUUUUAAUAAUAAUAAAACACAAACACACGCGA